AUGCUACGGAUGCAGCAGCAGCCAGCACUACAACCUCCACCACCAUAUGCGCAACCACAACAAGCAAAUCAACAAUAUACCUAUGUGCAACCUCAACCACAACCACAGCAAGGAUGUUGUAGUGGAUACUCAGAAACAUACAACAUCAGAGCAGGUCGUACUACCGGCAUCAUCCAGCUUAUUCUCGGUAUCGUCAUCGUCGUCGUCAACGUUCUCACCUUCGUUUACGGUCACAUGGGCUACCCGAACGAAGGGUCACCGAUUGGGAUCGGCAUCUUCUUCGCCAUUCCUUCGGGCAUUAUCGGAAUCACAUCGAAAUCCCGACGCAACUGCGUCAUCAUCGCGUAUCUUGUCAUGUCAAUCUUGUCCACCGUCAGCGGGUUUGGAGGCGUGGUCACCGAGGGCUUGGCGGCGGGCGUGUUCUCCUACGAGUACGUCUGCUUCUAUACAUUCUGCUACUUGGAUACUUUCGACGUCGCCAUCAUCCUCCACGCCGUCGGUGCUGUCCUUCUCCUCAUCGAAAGCAUCGUCGCUAUCGUUGCCUCGGUGUAUUGCUGCAGAGGGUUGAAAUGUUGCCAGGGGUGUUGCUGCCAUGGCGAUGACACGGGCAACUCGUCGGCAACGCCAGGAGUAACUGCAACAUCUGUACACUAUCCACAACAACCACAAGGGGUGGUCGCUUAUACCCAACCGGAAACUUUUGUUGUAAAAACAACAACACCCGUCUGA